CAGCUUACACUUACAGGCUGCAGCUUUUUUGAGGUUAUGAAAUGAUAAACAAUUGUAUUUUGAGUAAACAAUCAACGAAAUAGACUACUAAAAUUUAUUGUUACGAGAAAUUAUAAGAAUAUAAGCAUAAAAUGUCGCGACGGUACCUAUUGUGGUUUGCGCAAGAAUACUUAGAUUUUCGGCUAGCUGAAAUGCAAAGUAUUCUUUCCAUGCUUAAGAUUGAAAUAAAAUAUGUAGAGAAAUCUUACAAUAAACCCUAUUGGAUUGUUGAAUUGCCUUCGGAAUCUUGCAUCAAAAAAAUUGCUUCAAGGUCAGUUCUAAUAAAGAGUUGCAUAGAAUUGUGGUCCAGUGCCAAUACCGAAGAAAGACUGCAUGAAAAUUUAAAGAGUGCAAUGAAAAAUGAUUCAGGGAAAUGGAUAGUAGAAAGUGUAACAGGCGAAAGUAAUGAUAAUCAUAUUUGUCACAGUAGUUUACUUACUGUGUGUAGUGAUCCUAGUAAAUCAUUUAAAAUAGAGGUUGAAACAUUUUGCAAACAUUUUACUAUGAAAGAAAAAGUAGAAAAAAUUGAGCUAUUCAGCUAUUUACCAUUAGAAGGUCCAGUAAAGCUUAAUAAUCCUGAUAUGAAAUUUUCAUAUAUUGAAUUUUAUGGAGUGGAUCCCAAUAAUGUCCCCAAACAACCAGAGCAGCUGUUCUUUGGCAGAUGGAUAGUGGAUGGUCAAAGAGACCUAAUUCAGGCUCUGUCACUCAAAAAGCGGAACUUUAUUGGUAACACAAGUAUGGAUGCACAGCUCUCUAUACUAAUGGCUAAUCAAGCUCAGGUGACAAUGGGAGAUAUAGUGCUUGAUCCCUUUGUUGGUUCAGGGUCAUUGCUAGUUGCUGCAGCACACUUCGGAGGUUAUGUAUGGGGUUCAGACAUAGACUUCAUGAUGUUGCAUGCCAGAACGAGACCAACGCGCGUGGGACAAAAGGUUCGACAAAAGGAAGAAAGUAUUAAGGCUAAUAUGAAGCAAUACGGGAUAGAGUCACAUUAUUUGGAUGUUCUAGUGAGUGAUUUCUCCUUGCCACUCUGGAGGAAUGACCUCAAAUUCGAUGCUAUUAUAACUGACCCCCCAUACGGCGUAAGGGAACCCACAGAGAAGAUUGGAAUAGAAAAAGAGAACUAUACCCUUGCUGAGGAUUACCUUCCAAACCAUGUGCCGUCCAAAGUGGAGUAUGGACUGUCCCACAUAUACAGUGACUUGUUGAACUUUGCAGCAACACAUUUGCACAUUGGCAGGAGGCUGGUAUGCUGGUAUCCAUUAGUAAGGAGUGAAUUCGAGGCCUCCCAGCUACCGUCUCACCCGUGUCUCCGGCUGUUGGCCAGCUCGGAGCAGGUGCUGAGCCGGCUUGUGUCCCGCCGGCUGCUCACCUUCGAGAAGAUCAGUGACGCCCUACCUGACGUGCCGCUCGACCCCAACGCCGCUCAUCACAACUUUAGGGACAAAUAUUUCGCGGUCGGUGAAAUAGGUCGACAAGAAAGGAGGGCGAAGAAAGCAGAAGAAAUAGCAAUCAACAAUACCAGAAGGGCGCAAAAAGUAUCAAAUUUAAAAUAAAUGAUUAUGAAUAAGUA